UUAAAUUAGAUACACUCGGAGAUGGGCUACAUAAUUGGUAAUCAUUCAAUACAAAUUGAUCAAUUGUAUAAAUUGAUACAUUACACAAUAUUGAUAAAAUCAUAGCAAAACAGCAGAAAAGGACAAGCAAAAACAUGUACGGAGUAUUGCAACAGAAUAUGACAUGCAAAGGAAACCUACACGAACCUACGGGGCCGGACAAGUUUAAAUGUUUCAUUAUUGUGGUCGUCAUGACGCUCAUUAUUCUUGGCAAUUUAUGCUGCCUCGUCGUGUUCAACCAUCCUCGGUCGAAGCGAAUCUUUAUGAAGCGUGUGAGGUAUAUGAUGACGUCACUGUGUUGCACGGACCUCGGCAUCGGGUUGCUCGUCUGCCCAUCAACUAUCUACUCUUCGCUCUACCACUGCUGGCCGUUCGGAGAUGUCUUUUGCCGCAUUGAAGCUCUCUUAAUCUCUGCGCUUUUCCACGAGUCAACUCUCAACAUGGUGCUGAUUGCGGCGGACCGGUAUUGCAUCGUCCAUUUGCGAUGGUACAAUAGCUACAUGAGCUCCACACGCUUCUUGGUGCUCAUCAUUUCGACCUGGAUAGUGGUUUUUACCUGCUAUUCCAUCGUCAUUUUUGCCGGAGGGCAAUAUUACUACGAUGAGUUUGGAAUAAAUUGUGAACCAUUUUAUGAAAACGAAAAGGUUACAUUGUCUGUAAUCAGCAUUUUCUAUUUCCUGCCCGCUCUUAUAUUUGUGUUCAGCUACAUUUCAAUCUACCGAACGGCUUGCAAAAGAAAGAUGUUGACAAUCUCUCGGGAUGACAAGCAUGGAAGGAUGGUGUCUGCUAACAUUAGGACAUCAAAGUAUCUAGCGGCGAUAACGGUGGGCUUCUUUGUGGCGAUUUCACCUUGGACUUUGACCACUCUUAUCAUUGUAGCCGAGAAGAUAAGUAUCAACAUUCACCUAGACUUCACCGUGACGUGGCUGGCACUUAGCAACAGUUUCUGGAACUGUCUAAUUUACGGCGCCAUGAACCGGAAGUUCCGACGCGCGGCUAAGCAGCUUGCGUGUGGGUUUUUAGUUAAAUCACAAACGGAAUCUACCGAUAAGUCAACGGAAGAUUUUAGCGCCGUUGGGGAUUCGACGUAUUCGCGGUACAAGCAGCGUUCUAUUCAGAAGGUUAGAAAUAGAUACAAGGAGACGCCAGCUUCUGAUACAUCACCACAAACAGUUAGACAUGUGAAGGAAACUGUUAUCAUGUAAAAUGACAAUGUAAUUAGUGUACUAUUUAUUCGUUUCAUCCCAAAAUAAGUGCAUGAUGUAUUAAGUAUUUUUAUUUAUAAACAAAAAAUAAUUUCAGCGCUUUCAUCUCAAAUAUAUGUAUAACUCUGAUUCUGUUUCUUAGUGUGUUCUUUAAAAAAAAUCUGAGUGCAUGUACAUUAUAAUGUUAUCAAUAAAACGAAGCUGCAUUCUUAUACAAAGGAAAUCAGCAUUUGUUUUCAUUAGAAGAUUUAAGUCUUGACUAUAAUUUCCGUCCAGUUAAGUUGUUUCGAUUAUUGAAUCCUUUUGACUUAGUAAGUAGUCCCUCCUUUUUGUCUCGUAUUUCAUAACAUAGUUACAUGUGCUAGUUGAACUGUGUGAAGUAUGUCUAGUCUUGUAAGAUCAUUGAUAUUUCCUUACAUAACUUUUCUCCUUCACAAUGCGGUUUAAUCCUGCCCACAUUAAAGACGUGUGCGGCUUACAUUUACGAUUUGAUUUUGGUGUACGCUGUGAUACAAUAUGAUUACAAAAUAAAACUAUUUCUAUCA